AAACACAUUCACGUUAACCCUAACUGUAGAUUUCAUUUUCUUGGUCCAAAUUUUCGGUUAAGCACAUAGCAGCAUCAACGAUUGGCGAGUUUCUCUGUAUCUUGAAGCAACAUUUAUAUAAAAGAAAGUCAUAGUUUUGGAAACUGCUCUUUGUAGUAUGAAGGCUAUGAAAUGGGUUCCUGAUAGGGUUCUCAUAGUUUUUCUUCUUCUUCUUCUUUCACUUUAUGUUACAUCUUCUCAUCAGAACACAGAUCAGAAAACAGUCUCAUCAGAAAUCCAUGUUACGAAAAGGGUUCAGACUAAUGAUCACGAUGCUAAAGUUUUUUACAAGCACACUUGGCCGAGGAUGAAAUUUGGGUGGAAAAUAAUGGUGGGAAGCAUAAUUGGAUUCCUAGGAUCAGCAUUUGGGACUGUGGGAGGUGUUGGAGGGGGUGGCAUCUUUGUACCCAUGCUUACCCUAAUUGUUGGAUUUGAUGCAAAAUCAGCAACAGCAAUAUCAAAAUGCAUGAUUACGGGCGGAGCAGCAGCAACUGUUUUCUACAAUCUGAAGCAAAGGCACCCAACUCUUGACAUGCCUGUGAUCGACUAUGACCUAGCACUUCUCUUUCAACCAAUGUUGAUGCUUGGAAUCAGUAUUGGUGUUGCUUUCAAUGUCAUUUUUCCUGACUGGUUGGUCACAGCUUUGUUAAUUGUAGUUUUCAUUGGCCUUUCAGUCAAUGCAUUCCUUAAGGGUGUUCAAACAUGGAAAAAAGAAACCAUUCUUAAGAAGGAAGCCAGACAGAACGUAAGGUUAAUUGAUACUGCAGGAACCAGUAAUGCUGAUCAUCCUCAGACAGAAAGUCAUAUAAAUACCAAUCAAACGAGGAAAAAGGUUUCUGUUAUUGAAAACGUUUGUUGGAAGGAACUUGGAAUUCUUGUAUCGGUGUGGAUCUUCAUACUUGCAUUGCAGAUAGGAAAGAAUUACACAACAAAUUGCUCAGCGCCAUAUUGGGUAUUGAAUCUCCUGCAGGUCCCUGUGACGGUGGGAACAAGUUUCUACGAGGCCGUGCUUCUGCAGAAAGGGAAGAGAGUGAUAGCAUCAAUGGGUGAGGAACAGAGACGUUUGCAUGUAUGGAAGUUAAUGGUUUAUUGUACGUGUGGGUUGAUUGCUGGUAUAAUUGGUGGGUUGCUUGGUCUUGGUGGAGGAUUCAUCUUGGGGCCACUUUUCAUUGGCCUAGGAAUUCCUCCUCAGCUAGGUCUCGAGUGCUACGUCCACUUUUGCCAUGACGUUUUCUGCAUCCAUGUCUGUGGUGGAAUAUUACCUUCUCAAACGCUUCCCUGUUCCUUAUGCACUUUACUUUGUAGCAGUAGCCACUGCUGCUGCACUGGUAGGGCAGCAUUUGGUGAGAAAGGUGAUUGCUAUACUGGGAAGAACGUCUCUGAUAAUUUUCAUCCUUGCACUCACUGUUUUUGUGAGUGGAAUAUCACUAGGCAAGUGCAUUUUUGCACGAUUUCUUUGGAUUCUUUCUUCCUUUUCAGGACAGCAGUACCAUACCAGUACUUCAUAAACUAUACUAAUGAGGAGUGGGCAUAGCAAACCUGAUUAAAAGGAUUGAAAAGAAGGAGAACAUGGGUUUUGGAGAUCUUUGCUCUUACAGGGUUAGAAGUUAAAGAUAGAAAAAUGGGAAGCUCUUCUCGAUAUUAAUCUUUUAUGGAGUGCGUGUUAAGAAUACAAGUAUUUAAUUUAAAGCUGCAUCAGAAUUUGAAUAGAAUAUGUACAAUUAAUGUUUGUGUAAAACGUUUUCAGUAUUGACAGAAUAAAUAGUUUCUUUUUCU